UUGAUGUUGCCGUGGACAUAGUCAUGGUCAUUCAUUCAUAGGCGUUGAUCGGGUGCCGCGUGCUCGCAUAAAUCCGCAUGUGCGUGUUUGGACAACGAAAAUGAGGAAAACUGUAGUGUACUCACCGCGACGACUCCAGUACUGGCUGAGGGCCUUCCACGACGCCGGUAUCGGCACGGACGAAGCAAGGGCCUCGCUGAAUUGUAUCCUCACAAGCGUGAUGGGCAGAAGGAGUACCUUAGAGAUGUACUCAAACCAAGCAGAGAGAUCGCCUUUCUCCGCACUCCAGGUGAAACAAAUAGAUGAAUAUUGCGAAAAAAGAGCAUCCAGGUUGCCGGUUCAGUACAUUCUUGGAGAAUGGGACUUCCACAACAUUACUCUGAAGAUGCAACCUCCGAUCUUUAUCCCGAGGCCAGAAACGGAGAACUUGGUUGACAUUGUGCUGUCACAUCUCAAACGAACCCCGAAGUCCUCUACGGUACUAGACAUUGGAUGCGGGACUGGUGCUAUCUGCUUAGCGCUUGGAAAUGCUGCUCAGAUACAUUGCACUGGGGUGGACAAGAAUCCAAAAGCUGUGAAACUCUCAAAGGAAAAUGCAACGAACUUGAACCUAGCCCAUUGUGCGACAUUUCACGAAGCCGAGAUUAGCUCCCAUGGGAUAGAUACUGCUUACUCACCCUUGCUGAACCAAGUCUAUGACGUCAUUGUCAGCAAUCCACCAUACAUCAGUACGGAAGAGGCAAAGGAUCUCGAACCAGAAGUAUUAAGGUACGAAGAUCAUGGAGCCCUCUUUGCAGGCCCCCGGGGCUUGGACAUGGUGCAGAACAUCUUGCGCUACUCAAGGACAAACCUCAGGUUGGGGGGCAUCUAUUUCUGGAAGUGGGACUCUCAUCCACCCCUCAUCCGCAAUAUAUUAAGAACUCCAGAGUACAACCAGCUGCUCAGGUUGCACGCAGUUCAUUCCGAUUUUACUUUGAGAGACCGGUUUGUUGAGAUUGAACGGAUCAAAUAAAUGUACUCGCAGUGGAA